GGAAUAGCGCACUCACGAUAUUGAACGCAGACGAUCGAGACUGGAAGCAGAUGCUCCCACGAAAUCUGGAUGAUAAGAGAAUUAUGGCCGUGAACAUAUUCAGACACUCUUAAGCAUGGUAGCACACACUCAUGGAUGCAGCACCUUUGUUGCUCUCGCGCAACCCUUCCUCUUGGUUAUUCCCACCAAGCCCUAUUGGACUGCUUAUCCGUCGACACCUUCGUCGGAGGCUUGUACAGCUUCAUUAGUGGUAGCAACGGGACGCGAGCAAUCCCUUUUUUCCAAUAUCUCAGCACAAACCUGGUCGAGGCAGACCUCGGAUCUAUUGUCUCGGUUUCAUCGGUUGAAACGAUGCUCAUCGCGAUGUCAACUGCCAUCCGCGAGCUGCUGAGAAGGGAACAGCGAGCAGCUUUUCAUGAUGAUCUUCUAGAUCUAGUCAACUCGUUGGAGAACGCCACGGACGUCACUGGCAUGGAUAAACAAUGUGUAGCGUUUCAGAAUGUCAUCAAUCGGAUUGGUGAACUUCGAGCAACAAUAGCGCGUGCGAAUAGCCUUCUUAACCACGAGGAGGUGCCACGGGUGAGUGGUGUCUCAACUGCUAUCGCGACGUCGACUUAUCCUCGAGACACUAUCGUACCAGGAGAUCGCCACGAUAACGACAAUACCGACAAUACCGACAUCACAAAGAUCCAAAUCCUCCCAACUGAGAUGGAGAUUCGAAGCAGCCUCCCAGAGUUUUUGCCUUCUACCGAUCUCGGCCAACCUCAUUUCCUCAAUGACCAGGCAGAGCGCCACCUCGAUACACACUUCCGCCUCCUUCGUCACGACAUCUUUGGUGAAUUGAAAGAUGCUACCGAACGUGGAGUACUUUAUCCAGAUUGGGGAUCACCAACAGCUACUUCCUCAGAUCAACAGCUAUGGACCCUCGCUUGAAAGUCGACAGGGGACUCUGUAUCAGCUGGAUCGCAGCCAAUUGAACGUUUCUCGGUUGGAGAACGAGGGACGCCUUCAUUUCCAGUAGCUCAACUGAAUGUUCAGCGGCACAUACGCCCCGAAAUCUCGAACCUGAUUAGAGAGACCGUCUAUCCACGCUUGAAUGACUACGAGAGCACAAACCACCUGCCUGCUGUCGUAGGCAUGCGCAAAAACGAGCUCGACCACGAGAGCGUUGAAGAAGGUCCCAGCCCAGACUGGCAUCAAAGGUCGCAUAGCAGUAUCUGGGAGGCGGAAAUGACACACGCGCUUGUUCGACACAUCGUGCGCCAGGGUGUCUACAGCAGUGGCGAUGUUACAGUCUUGAUUCCAUACACCGGGCAAUUGCAGAAAUUACGUGAGAAGACGCGUAAUGA